CGCUGGGAGUGUUUACAACUGCAGUCCACGCGCUUGGCUCAUUAAGGGCAGACAGCGUAGCGGCAUUCACUGACCUGGCAGGUGCUUUGGCUCUGGGGCUUUAACCCUCUGUUGACAUCCCUCCCUCACAGUAGGGGGUGAAUUUUAACUAACAAGAGCAACGUUUGCAGGGCCGACUGUUUCGUAAGUGUGGUUUCUGGUGCCACUUGAGAGAGAAACGGUUAUGUACAACAGUAGCUACUCACGAGCCAAGUUUGGGCUGGAAGCCAAGGACAUCCAAAAGUCCAAGGGAAAGAGCUGUGGCUACUACAUGAGGAUGGUCUUCUUCUUCUCCUCACUUAUUCAGUCCCUCAUAAUUGUCAGCCUGGUGAUCUUCCUGGUGUACGGCAAGUCCGAGCAGUCGGCAGAGCAGCAGCGGGUGCUGGACCUGGAGGAGAGCUUCAACAGGCUCACCGAGGACAUCCGGUUGCUCAAGCAACAGAAGGCUGAUCUUACGCAGCAGCUCAGCAAGAAAGUGGCUGAGAAGGGGAGUGCAGAAAAAGAGCUGGAAAAGACCAAGGUUGCGGCCAACAGCACAGCGAAACAGCUGUCUGACCUUCAGAAAAAAAUGACUCAGUGUGAAUCUGAUAAAAGAAGAGCAGAAAUGACCCGUUCUACCCCUGUCCAGUGUUCUGGAGCUCAGACCACAACUCCAAACAGUGAAGUGAAAAGCUUGCUGUCAAAGAUCCAACAUUCGGAAGCAAAGAUGAAACUGGUGGAGACCAACUUCACGCAGACGGUCCAAGACCUCAGUAUUGAACUGGACAGUGCUGUCAAAGCCAGAGAGGCACUGAGCUUGGAAGCAAUUGAGCUGAGGCGGGACAAGGCCAACCUCAAAGAACAGCUAGAGAAAUAUUCACUGAAGUGCAAAGAAGACUUUGUGAAGUCACUGGAGGGCAUCCCGACUGUCACCAAUGCAUUCCUGAAAAGGAUAGAAAACCUGUUCCCUCAAACACACACCUUCCACCUGACCUGCGACAAGCAUCAAGAGCUGCUGGACAGAAUCCGAUACAGUUGCUCCAGCCUGUCCCGAGAGAUCGAGGACAAGUUUCAGCACUACCUGAACAACGUGGGCAACAGGGUCGCUGAGAUCCAGGGCCAGAGCAGCCUGCUGCUGGUGCAGAACAGUCGCCUGACAGAGGGCGUCCAGCAGUGCCGGCAGAACCGCAGCAUGGAGGCCUCCGAGUACAAGCGGCUCCGCCAGGAGAUGCUGGACACCCACGACAAGCAGAUGGAGCAGGUGCUGAGGGAGCAGGGCAGGCUGCGCAGUCAGAAGAGCUUGCAGGAACAGUUGAUUACAGUGAAGGACGGAGAGAUCAGCACGCUGUCCAGCAAGGUCCAGAGCCUCAGUGCCAGCUGUGGCAAAGCAUCUGGACCAAAACCUGCCGGACUGCAUAGUGGCUUUCCAGUCCAACAGCAGCAGAAUACACCAAGUGGACAAGUCACGGCUCCCCGGAUAGAUACACCAACAGUGAGCAGAGCAGCCAAUGUGAACAAAGCAGUCAAGGAGCCGUGAGAGCCAGCAAAAACGGGUCCUGGAGUGUCUGGGUAACUCCCCACACAGUACUAGAUGAGAACAACAAAAGUCAUUUAAAAUCCCAUCUGCUCUGCUGUUGAGGUUGUUUAUUUAAACUCAAUUACUGUAACAAUAGGGAUAUUUUCAAUAAAAGUUGUGUGUAAAAAUUGUCUUUGUGGCCAUCUGCACAUUUGGACUGAAAAGACUAUGGAGAUGGACCACGUUGCAGCAAUCAACUUUGUUUUUGGAUUUUGUUGUAUUAUUGUACAGUAUGUGUGUAAAAUCUUUUUGUAUGUUAUCCCUUAGAGACACAGGCAUACAAAUGUUUAUACAAGUGAAAAACAAAACUAUUGUGACGUUAUAAACGGAACAUUUCUUAUUUAGGACCAAAAUAAGGGUAAAGGUUUUUGGGAGGGGUUCAACCCCAAAAGAAAAUACUCUGUGGCAGUUUCCCUAGGAAACCACUGUGAAUAAAAACACUUUUGAGGUGGUAUCCCUGGGAAUCCACCAUUCAUCAAAGGUCAAGCAGAAUCCAGUGGCAUCCUUGUGUAAAAUAGGCCAUUAUACUAUGCUCACUCAAGAAUAGUGUGGGGUGUUCUUUUCCCUCUGCGUUCAUCCAUUUUCUACCUCUGUUUUCCGUUCACUCAUUUUCAUCUUCAUAAUCACAUAACUGGAUAACAUUUUACUCAGAUCCCAUAUCCCCAUGUAGCUGGGAUUUGAUCUAAAAAUCAUCUAGUUCAUUAAAUCAAUGUAAAAACCCACUGAAACUAAGGAAAAGAUAAAAUUAAUAUGUGUAUUUCUCCGUUAUAAACUCAGGAAAGUACCCUUUUCAUGGUACUCUAGAUGUGCAGUGGUUUCUGUUGGAAACAAUCGUAUUUGGAGAGUGUGGCAUUGACUUUGCUACACUUGGCUUUUUAAAAAAAAACAAUAAUUUAAAAUGAUCAAUUGUAGCAUGUUAUAUAGUACUGGCACAAAUUAUGGAAACACUGCAUUUAUAAACACAGUUUGAUGAUUAAUGGUCAGCUCUAUUUCUCUUUUUAGCAUAAUAAAUGUAAUAUGUAAUGAGUAUAUUUACUGAUGGUCACUUCAUUACCUCUUGUGGUCAAGAAUAUAGCUGUUCCGAAUACAUUUUUACAGAUGAAAAUGGCUCUGAGAAACAAAAACAGGGCACAGAUAAACAUUUUAAGUGUACUAAAUUUCUUUGUUAAGUACAGUGUUUCCAUAACUUGUGCCAGUAUGUAUGGAUGCGAAUCAGACCACUUGUUUCAAGAUUCCAUCAAUUUAAAAGAUAUAAGGUGACAAAUGACUGUAGUAGAGGGUAUUUAAAAAAUUCUCCGUAUUUUAGGCAUUUUGUGACAUUACAGAAUGAUGAAGUUUAAAGGGAGCAAAAUUCAUAUUUUCUGUGCUGUGGAAAAUAAGUUGCAGUCAGGGGAGAGAGAGAGGGGGGGUUGUCAUUAGCAACCAGAGGGAGCCUAGCGUAUGUCUUACAUAGACAAGACUGAAGCCUGUACAACGCUAGGCAGGAGAGGCCCUAACCGUGACUCAGAUAAAAUGGAGUGCUCAACUUAACUUAGUGAAGUAAGACCGCAAAGGUUAUAAACAUGUAUUUGAUCUGCGCCAGGAGAGUGCUAAAUAUUGUGAGCAUAUUUUUGACAUAUAUUAAAAAAGUUGCUUAAAUAUAUUUUUUGAUGUGUGUAUUUUUGACGUGUUAGUAGAGUUGCUGUUAUAAACAUGUUGUUUUUAACUUGUAUUAGAAGACUGUUAAGGGUGUGAGAACUUUUUGUGACGCAAAGUUGACACAGACAAGUAGACAUCUGACAGAUAAGGAGAGUAUAAAAACUGGCACUGUAGAUUACUCAGUGCCGUGUGUGUGGAUUGGAGGCAGCCAAUCCACUGCAGGACGCGACCCCGGCGACGGGCGGACUCAGAAGCUGAAGGCUGCUAGCCCUGAAGCAAACGCCAAGCCAACGGCCAGCCGAGGCGUGUCCAAGACACGGACGGUAACCAGACCAGAAGCAAGCAAAGAAAGUCAACUUUCCCUGUAACAGAACCACUCAAACAGCUAACUUACUUACUACAUCAGUUUGAGUUGUGAAGUCUGUAUGCCUUAUUAAUAAUAUAGAAAUAUAUACCUAGGUGAAGUGUGUGUGUGCAUUGUAACCUUUACUUAGAAGCAUAGGUCUAUUGUCGUGUUAAUAUUAACUAAUAAGAUGGCUUAAUAGUGUGUGUAAAACAGCUUAAUAAAGUGUGAAGUGUGAGCAAUUGAA